AUGACCUGGUCCGGCGCAUCCCCAGGAAGAUGGCGCUCUGGGGAGGCAGGUGAUGCCCAGGUGUCCCCUGGUGGCAGCCAGAGGAAUCGUGCUGGGAACGGACCAGAAGGUGCAGCAAGGCAGGGAGAUGGCGUGAGGAUUGCAUCGUUCAUCCUCAUUCCCAAGAGCCACUCCGUGGGCCCCUGCGCGUGUGCCUACCGAGAACCCACCCCAGGUCACAACCCCAUGGACAAGCAAGCUGGCCGCUUUCUCAGAAAGACGAGGCGUGUGUCUCCCACGCUGCCUGCGCGGUGCCCUUGA